AUGGCGAACGCGGAAGCUAUACAAGUCAGCUCGCUGCCGCUACCCCCAGCGCAGUAUAUCAACUUGUAUACGGAUGAAAACAUACGAAAAAAUCGUGCCCCAAAGCCACCGGCCCCCAUCCAGGAUUCGUACACAAUGUUCGGCAGCCCUUUCAGUAACGACGAUAACAUCAUUCGCCCUCUGGAAAGUCAGGGCUUCAAACGGCUUUACCCGCAACACUUCGACCGUCGGAAGGAACUGAAAAAAUUGAAUCAUUCGCUUCUGGUCAACUUCCUCGAUCUGAUCGAUCUGCUUGUGCAUUAUCCUGACAGUCCUCGAAGAGCGGAGAAAAUCGAGGACCUUAGCUUGCUGUUUGUACACAUCCACCACCUAUUAAAUGAAUUCCGGCCUCACCAAGCACGCGAAACGCUGCGCGUCAUGAUGGAAUUGCAAAAACGCCAACGAUUAGAAACAGCCCAGCGUUUCCAGAAUCAUUUGGAGAAGGUGCGCGAGAUGGUGAAAAAUGCGUUUGCUUCACUGCCCGAUUUAACGGAAUCGGACAGGCUGGCAAGCGGUUUGGAACCGAUGGAUACAGGAGAAUCAGGGGAUCUGGCAGGUGGUCGAGGUGAAGGAUGCCAUCCGUUGGACCGGCUAAUGUGCGAAAUUGUAGAUAGAAUGUAAACAACUAGCAUGAACGACAAACCCCCUUUCGGUAAAGCUCGCUUUCAAGGGAGGUUCCAAGAGGCGCCACGUUAUCCGAUUGCUGAUUUGUUUUCUAUUCAUAAUUCUCUUGAAUUCUGUUUGUGCGAGAGAGUAAAUAAAGCAUUAGUAAGACAGAAU